UAAAAAAUAACAAGUCGACAUUGUUUAGGGAAUCAGCUGAUGCAGGAAAACCUCCCCCGACGACGCAGGAUGCCCGUAAUAGUGUUCUAAUCCUCUGACUUCCGCUCCUUUCGAGAGAUCCUGACACUCCGACCAAGAUCAAAAUGGGUUGCUGUUGUGGAUGUAAGUUAUGUUGCUGCGCAUUUCUUGUGGUCCUGACGAUUAUUGCAGCUAGCCUAGGUCUCUUCGGUGCCUUCUUCCCGUAUCCAAGCCAUGCCUCGUGCCGCGUUGACUGGGUAUUUGGUACAUCCUGUCCAACAGUGAAGUACAAGCUUAUUGAACAGAUGAAGAGCUGGAGCCAUGAUGACUGCUCUUUGAAACAACAGUGCAGCUAUGAGUACCUGGGUGAAGAUGGAAAUAUUAUCCGAGGCUUACACAAAACCCCUUAUCUCAAGUUUGAGGAUAAGCUGAACUUCACCUUGAAUAGCAUAGAUGGAAAGUGUCACGUAACGGGGGUGAGCGAGUCUGGAGUUUCCUUUGCUGUGAUAGAUUUUGGAACAAACUACUGUAACUUGCGCAACUUAGUGAUUGGCUCAGGACUGGAUGAGAAUGAUAGGUUUUAUAAAGAGAAUUCAACCAACCGAAUUUGUACAAUGUACUCCAUUGCUCACUGUAAUCUCUAUACUUAGAGGGUAGAAAGAAGAGUGGUGGGUCAAUAAUACAUACUUUUCUCUGGAAGUCUGCACUCAUUUUCAAAUGCCUCAGGUCAAAUAACAUUAAGAAAAUGUUGUAUUUAAAACUGCAAUUACCAGAAUUGUUUUGCAAAUACUUGUGUGCUAUGGAAGGGAACCUUUUUGAUUAUUGCAGCAUGUACGUAUUAGGGAAAACUCCUUUGCACAAUUAAAGACAAAAGGUAAGCCCUUCAUGCCUAAAACUUUUCUCUAGACCAAAAAUAUACACAAGAAAUUAUUAUUGAUAGUAUAUUCACAAAAUAUUUACAUGCAAAUUUAUAUAUUUUGUGGUUUGAUUAUGAAAGCCUAUGAGGAGUCAUUUCACAAUAUUAACUUUUUUUAGUUGUUCUAAAAUCCAGAUGAUCGAAGUCCUCCAAAUAAGCUUCUGUGAUUACAGUUAGGAAGAGUUUAUUUGAUUCAUAUUCAUUUCCAACUUCUUUCCUUUUCUUUAUUUGUGCAAAUUUUAUUUUUAAAGAUAAGUAAAGAAUGAAAAGAAGCCUUCAUGUUAUCUGUAUCUGUGGCAAAUUCCAAGCCACCUCAAGCAGACAAAGAUACCAGCCAAUAUAAACUGCAAAUGUAGGUGCUUUUCAGAAGGGUAUUUUAGCACCAUGUUUAUUAUCCAGUUGCAAAUUUUGUCAUAUAUGAGGCUGCUGUUACAUUUAUGAUCAGCUUGGAUGCUGUAUCGAACUCCGCGUGUCCUUGGAUAAUAGUGCCAAUGGCACUUUACACAUACUUAAAGUAAUAGUUCCUAAUUGUCUUAUGGAGGUUUAUUACUCACAAUACAAAAUGAAAUAAUAAUGUGCUGUGCUCCUCAGUUCUGCCAACCCCAAGUUUUUCGGUACAAUGCACAAGUUAAUGUAGAAGUCAGCCAUUCCAAUUUUUUUUCGUGAGAAAAUUUGAAUCGUUCCAAAAUAUUCAUGCUUCUGUGUUUUUUAGAUGUCACAGUAUGUCUUACAGGCACAAGUGUGCUCUUUCAUACUUGGACUUGCAUUUGUACUCUUGAUUAUAUUGGACACAAGAAUACUAACAUGUUUUGGUAUGAUUAUGAGAGAAUGUAGUGUAUGUGAUGUUCAUUUAUUAUUUUAUGCUGUUCAGUUUCUUCUUGUGUGUUUGAUUGCAAGUGUCUGUGUGCAUAUGUGUGCAUGUGUUUGUGUGUGAAUAUUUGCAAAUGUGUGCGUGAUUGCAUGUGUUUAUGUGUGUGGUUAUGUACUGAUGAUGUUUGUAGGCUGAAAUGUAUGUGUGCACAAAUGCAUGACAUGUCUAUCUUGUACCAUUCUGAGAAAAAGAGUAAAUUACCAUUCAACAGCAUUGCAUAAUCUCAUGAAUGUGAACAAAUAACAAUGUCUGAAGAGACUUAGUGUCUUCCAUCUAUUAUUAUUAUUAUUACAGCUAUAGAAAUGCUCUAAACUUGGUUAUGCAAUGACAGAGACAAGGAAAUGAUGAUGUAUUUUUCACAUUUUUGGUGCCCUUUAUCUAGUUUUUAAGAAAAUAUGAAGGAUAUCUGAUUAUGUUCAUGUUUUUUUUGUUUGAGCUAUGAGAUUCUUUUAGUUUUGUAGCCAAGUAAAGAUGUAAUUAUUAUUGUCAAGGGAACUUCAUUAUCAUCAUCAUUAUUAUUAUUAUGAUUCUUAUGCAUGCAAGCAGUGUUUGUACCAGAUUUUGUAUAUAAGGUGAUGUUUGAUAUUUUCUAGCAAAUGACUCGGUAUAUUAAAGAAAAGGAAUAUGAAUCUCUGUAUCUAAUAUGUGAUGCUGAAUAUGGCAUGGUAAUCUCAUGUUGUGAAUCUGAAGAUUUUCUAUGUGUUUGACCAUAUUUAGUUAGAACAGUGAUAUAAGUAUAUAUUUUACUAUGUUAUAGACAUUUUAUGCUGGUGAUGGGAAAGUACUUUAUAGUUUUAAAAAGCAAUUGUGAAAUGUAAGAGUAAUCAGUUGCUUCUAAAAUAUGAAAAUGUAGUUUAAUUAGAUAUGCCUUUCUGUUUUAUAUCUUGUGUUGUGGAUUUUUUUUAGUUGAUGUACAAAUUCUGUUCUAUAUUUUGGAGCCUCUGUUGGUAGGCACAUAUAUUACUUAGGAAUUUAUUGUUUCCAUUAAGAAAAAAAGUUUUCUAAGGCAGACUCAUUGCCUCUAGAGCUGUACCUCAUUUCAGAUCAGUAUUUCUGAGUUCCAUGUGGUCUUGUCACAUUUUUCGUUCUCUUUUUAAGCUUUAAAAACUUGGUUAUUGAUACUUUUCAACAUUCACACUGUUCUCAUUGGCCUCUUUCUCUAUUUUUGCAGAUGUAUUUUUGUGAUAUUCAAAUCUUUAAUCACAUUCAGUAGCAAUAAGAUUCUUCUGUCUUGUCACAUUACAAUACCCUGAAAUUCUUUAUAUAAUAGUCACAAAUGACAGUAUGAGACAGAUUAUCAGUAGCAUUUUUUUCUCUUCAAUUUUUUUUCUUCCUGCUUUCUUGAAUCUUGCUGUGCUGCAGAUUGGCAAUGAAUAUUGCUCUGGGGAACAUCUAUUGUACAUGUGAAAAAUUGGCUGCCUAUUUCCAUAGUAUUUGCUAUUUUAUAAAACCUAGCCAGCUGAACAGUUUAUUCUCUAAAUAGUUCAUAUAGAUACUUCCUUUCAAAAUACAGCUUUCUUAGCAAGUCUGCUAGAUGGUGACAUAUGCUUUAACAUUAUACUAAAUGCUAUAUACUAAAUGCUAGAUCCCUGAAUCCUCAUUGCAGUUCUAGUUUCAGUGAAAAUAGUUGCUGUAUUUUGUGAAUAACAUUUAACUGUAUUUGUGUACUAACUGGAUUUUUUUUCUGUUCAUGAUUCUGUACUUGAAAAGAUACAAGUAUUUGAAUAUUGGAUGUGUAAAGUGUCCAUAGUGAAUUGGUUCAGUUUGUGCUUUUAAGUGUUUUUGUAUUAUAGUAAUGACAAAAUAUAGUGAAAUGAAAAACAAUAAUGUGAAAUAAGAUAUAUAAAAUGUUGAAACUUUUGGAAGUUAUUACAGAUGUUGUCAGUUGUUAAAAUUUAUACUGAUGUAGAACUGGAUAUGGAAAGGAUAUUUUUAUAGAGACCAUUUUUCACAACUUCAUUCCAUACAACAUCAUAUAGCCUAUGCAUGGCAGUCACUUCAUGUAAGAAAAAAUGAAUAAGAUAGUACAUAUGCAGUUUAUACACAUAUAUAUUAAUAUAUAUGAAGUUGUUAUAAAAAAAAACAAAAAAACUAUAUACUCAUUAUGAUCUGUUGCAGCUACGUGACUAUUGUAGGGCAUAGCAUAUUUCUGAAAUGCCCCUCAAAAUUGCACAUUUUAUUAUUAUUAUUAUUAUUUUUUUUUUUUUUCUCCCCCCACACAGCUAAAUGGUCUGAUUAUAUUCUGAGCAGAAGUUCACAAUUUCACAAUCCAUUACAAAACAUCCAGUUAUUUUUGUAUUCGUUUUGUAAGGAAAUUUUGCUUGCAUAAAUUGUGUUCAGACAAGAUAAUAACAGUUAUCAUGACUAGUACAGAAACUAGGGUAAUUUUUUGGAAAACAUUCAUAUAUAAUAUUUUAUAUCUGUAUAAUAAAAUCAUUUUAAAAUUUA